GCUGGGGGCUGUGCACUCAGUGGCUAUUCAGGCUUAGCCAGCCUCCACCUCUGUGUAUGAAGCCCAGGGCUGUAAAGGUGAACAGCCCAGUCACACAUCAGAGCACAGAAGGAACAUGAGUCGAUACCCAGUGGAAGCUAAAGCUAUUGGACUUGUCCAGCAUGGGAGGCAAAAGCUGUACAUGUUCUGCAUUCUGUGGUCUGAUCGCAAUAAUAUCCGUAUAUACAGAACAUAUGACAAUUUUAAGGAUCUUUCCAAGCUGCUUACAAAAAUUUUUCCACUGGAGGCCGGGCUGGUGAAUAAAUCUGACAGAGUUCUUCCCAUUCUUAAAGAUGUCCUGGUGCUGUUCCGGACCAGAUUUUCUGCACGUUUCCUGGAAAGGCUUCGUCUUUUAGAGGUUUACUCCCAGGAGCUCCUUCAGACAGACUCCAAGAUUUCCAAGUGUGAGGACGUGAUCCAGUUUUUCUCUCCAAACAACCAGGAUCUGACGCCCUCUUUCCCUGAAGACAGCCUGGUGAUAUUGCCACCAGAAAAUGACCAAGGGCAGAAGAAGAUGACCUGCCCUCCGAAGGUAUCCCAGCCCACAACACAGCCCAUCAUAUCUGAGACGUACCUUUGCAUCGACACCUUUGAAACCAAAGACACCAAGAACAGGCCAUUCAAGGUCAAGAAGAACGAAAGCCUUGAUGUCCUCAUCAAAGAUUCGACUGGCUGGUGGCUGGUGGAGAAUGAAGAGAAAUGUUUGGCAUGGUUUCCGGCUCCAUACCUGAUAAAGUCAGAGCCUUUAAAUAGUGACGCGAGGAGGACGUCAUGCAGCCGUGGUACAUUUUACUAUGCGGAGAAGGCUUUCGAGGCCCAGAACUCAGAUGAGAUCUCUCUUUCAGUUGGGGUUGUUGUGGAAGUGAUUGAGGAGUCUGACAUUGGGUGGUGGCUUAUCUGUUACAACGGAAGAUUUGGCUACGUUCCGGCAAUGUUCCUCAAGCCGUACAAAAAUCCUCACCAGAACUUGCAGGUUACCUUCAACCAGGAUAGAUUUGGCUCCAGUUCGAAUCUGUUCAAGGCUGUAAGCAAUCUAGAUAUCAGUAAUGGUCUCGCCCUGGACCAAAAUGGGACCAGGGAGGCCGACAACCGUAGGGCCCGACUCCGCAGAAUGAAGUCUAGAUCUUUGACUGGUCUUGAAGACUUAUCUGAUUUAUCUGCUCAGAAUUUCAGCAAGUCCAGAAGAGAAGACAAGGUUUAUGUGGAGAGGAGCAAGGAAGACACUGGGGAUUUGAGACCUCCUUCAGCAGCAGAAAAGCCUGUGGGCCUGCACACACAGUACGUACUGCAUGAUUGCCACGGCUUGUGUACAGAAGAUGGGAUAGGGAGCCGAGCUGAUCUCAUGGAUGGAAAAAAGAGGGCAGAUUCCGGAUUCGAUUCAAUACAUUCAUCGCCACGAAUUUCAGUUUCUUCAGAUAAUGGCGGCUCUUCGCCACCCCCUGUGCCCCAGAGGCCUUCGCUGCAGGAGAUACACUCUCGAUGCACCACCAUAACCAGGAAGGCUGUGAUACAGCAAAAUGUCUAAACCUUUGCUAAGGAAUGAAACCAGGAACCCUACUUUCCAUCUCUCACAGCUUUAGAACAGUCCCCCUCCUUCCAUCUAUGGAGAUAAAUGGUGUAAUAGAACUGUUUUGCCUUAGUUUGGAUCUAAUAGGAAGGGUAGAGGCCUCAAAUAAGUUCAAGUGACAACCACUUUCCCGGCUCAAAUUUGUAGUAUUUGUAGGAUGAGCCAUAUAUUUAGGUGUGUUCCGCCUUAAUCCUGUGUAACAAUAUGGGGUAAUUAGCUGGGUAGAGGGUUGUUUUGGUGCAGUGUUUAGGAGCUAAGUCAUACUCCACGCACAACGUAAAUAAAUGAAACAGUGCUUUACUGUCAGCAUAAAUUCAGGAACAAAAAUAAUAAACAACUAGCCCAUACAGGGCAACUAACUCACUUCUUGACCCCUCUCUAUAGAUGAGCAUCUAAUCUGCAAACCUAACACAAAGUCUCUCACAAAAGUCUCACACUCCGCUUCCUGCAGAGUAAGACAGGUAUAGUUAGCCUAGCCUGGCCUGGCUUGACUGCCACAUUUGCUCAUACGUAUUCAGUCCCGGCUUCCUUGCAGGUGAUAUAGGCUCCGGCCUACUCACAAUCAGGCUCACUGUCUGCUAAUGUACUGUACAUCAUCUUCAGUUGAGUUUGAAUGGGUAGGACAUGUGCAGACUCUCCUGUAAGCUGUCCUACUUAGUAAAUACUGUAUGUAUUCAUAAUUAAAAAAUAAAUGAAAUGUAAUAGCUCAUGUCUUAUUUUAGUAUUAUUAUAAACUUCCAAAUCGUCAAAAUGAGUGCUUAUAAUCAAACAAUUAAAAUAAUAACAUUGGAUUGCAGGGAUAGCCAAUGCUGUUGUGCCCUGGGACCCCCUAGCUGAACCACACAGACAUCACUAGCUCUCCCUCUUGUGCAGCAGUAGAACCAGGCUGCCAGAAUGUGAGUAGGCAGAGACACAGGAGUAUCAGGUUUCAUGAGAUAUGGAUGGAGCUUCCCAGAGGGAUAGGAAGGGGGAGCUGUAAGUGACCCAGGAAUCCCAGUUUCUCCUCUUUCCCAUCUGGGUGUCAGGGUCCUGUAUAACCUGUUAUCUAAUGUGAGCAUUCUAGUCUAGAAACAGACACACAGUCCUCCUGUGUCCAGUGCCAGUGUGUAAGUAGUAUAGAGGCUGCUGCUAUUGCCUUUUUGCAAGUUAAAGUAUAGAUUUUAUUUUUGUAUGUGUAUUUUAAGGUUAUUUAAGAUGUCUUUGUUCCACUACAAGAAAAUGCUAUGAAAUACAGUGCCCAUGCAUUAUUAAACUAUUAGUUUAAUCUAAUAUACACCAUUGGUCUAUAUUUAAUAUACACAAUCCAUACCUCCCUCCAUGACCCAUUCCAGGAGGGACAAAAUGCUCUCUACCUGGACUUCCUUCUUAAUUUCUAAUUGCAAUCAUCUCUGUUAAAAUACUUUUCUUAUCAGUUAUAUAGUUCAACACAGGUGGCGUUAAUCAUAUAUUAAGAAGGAA